ACCCUUUUGUCUUUUAAGCUUGAUCCAACGGCCUAAGAUCUAUUUGUUCUUUUAUCUACAACCUUUCCCCCUCUUCAAUUUAUUUCCAUCAUAGGCAUUGAACUACCUUGACCUGCUCAAUUUCUGAUUCUGAACGUGGACUGCUUCGCUUGUCAAGUAGCACAGGCCGGCGAGUUCUUCUCUCCAUCACCGGACGACAUCUCCACUACGGCGGCAUCAUAACUUGAACAAGCAUUCACCAUGAUCUGCCUCUCCAAAGCGGACGAGUCGUUCUACCGACACCUCACCUGGAACCAGAGCCCUUCGCCUCUGGCCGCCUCUCACACCACGCGCCAGGACCUCAAUGGCAUCUCCAACCUGCGCGAGCAUGUUGAUGCUGACCAGGAUGAUGGGAGCGGUGGCAGUAGCGGGUCACUCCUAGGUGCAUGUGAUGACAGUAAUCAAUCUGGGAAUCAAGCUUCCGAGCCCGAGAAGGGUUCUCCCAACGAUGCGUCAUGUAUACUGACAAGCCUAGGACUGUCCUCGCGUCUAAAGACGGUCGCUGGUGGUGAUGACCACAGCCGUCUUCCUCGAGGCGCUCUCUCGUCAUGUGCCUCGCACAUUUGGAGCUGGACCAUCUGGGUCCUCUCUGUCCUUGUUGUCUCGACGAUUCUCUCGUCCUGGAACUCGCCCUCGCCCUCGCCCGUUGCCAAAGCCCCGUCGCCCAAGCCUCAGGAGUCACUGGUUGCCGACCACUUCUCUACCCUCCGCAAGCGAAACACUUGCGCCAAGGGUGGCGUUGACAAGGAAGACUACAACCUUCCUCUUCACGUCGGAGCUCUCUUCAUCAUCCUGUUUGUCUCGACGCUGGGCUGCGCAUUUCCUAUUCUGGCCACCAAGUUCCCAGGCCUGAGAAUCCCAAGCCGCUUCUUCUUUGCCGUGCGCCACUUUGGUACCGGCGUUCUCAUCGCUACAGCUUUUGUUCAUCUGCUCCCCACGGCCUUCAUCUCUCUCGGUGACCCAUGCCUCAGCAGCUUCUGGAACCAGGACUACCCUGCUAUGCCAGGCGCCAUUGCUCUUGCGGCCAUCUUUCUCGUCACUGUGAUUGAGAUGGUCUUUCACCCUUCACGACAUGUUCCACCUGUUGAAAUUACGUCCACCAACAGCAACAACCAGCAGGCACACGCCGGUCGUGGGUGCAUGGGAAGCGUAGGCAUGCUUCCUAUCCGUGAUAUGGGGCCCCUUCGUGGACGAUCCUCAAGCAUCGGACAAGGCCUGUCUGUUCUCAACAGCAGAGAUGAGAGAGUGCAGAUGCAAAACCUCGAAGAAGAGGCUUGCGAAGACGACGACAACGCUCAGUCAGGAAGAAAACAUCUCGAGGAGACGAGCCUCGAGUCCCUACAGAUGCCAGCUCUAUCCCCAGAGCAGCAGCAGCGCAAGGAGCUUCUCCAGUGCGUGCUGCUCGAACUUGGUAUCCUCUUCCACAGCGUCUUUAUCGGCAUGGCCCUCAGCGUGUCGAUUGGAAACGAGUUUAUCAUUCUGCUUAUCGCCAUUGUGUUUCACCAGACUUUUGAGGGUCUGGCUCUCGGAUCUCGAAUUGCAGCCAUCAAGUGGCCUGAAGGCAAGCUUCAGCCUUGGUUCAUGGCGCUUGCAUACGGAUGCACUACUCCCCUCGGACAGGCCAUUGGUCUUGCUACCCACAUGCUCUAUAGCCCUGACUCCGAGGUUGGUCUCAUCGUUGUUGGAGUCAUGAAUGCCAUCUCGGCUGGACUUCUCACGUUUGCGUCCCUUGUCGAGCUGCUUUCCGAGGACUUCCUCAGCGAUGAGAGCUGGCGCUUCCUGCGUGGCCGCAAGCGUGUCUAUGCCUGCCUGCUCGUGUUCUUCGGGGCUUUCUUUAUGAGUCUCGUCGGCGCUUGGGCUUAAAGAGUGCCCUACUCAACACCUCCGCAUACUAGUAGUCCACACGCCAUCCCAGUCAAUUUCACACAGUUGGUGGACUUUAUGCGCUAGGAUGUUGAUUGAUUGUUUGUGAUGGGAAAGAUGGCUACUUUCUUUCGAGUUUGAGUUGUUUCCCUCCAAUUUGUCGGGAUACAGCUCUAGUCGACCUAUGUUUUGUGCGUUCAUUUAAGGCCUUUUAUCAAUAGAUGAGGCACUACCUAUAUGCCCGGAAAACCUUGGCAUUUUAUAUGCCACUAUUCACUUCUAGUGCAGUCACCGUACUGCCCCUUAAACGAUUUAACUUGGUAUUUAUAGAUAGAUAUCUAUAUAGC